AUGGGACGGAAGCACCAGGACAAGUUCUCGGGGCCGUCGGCACAGCCAGCAGUGGGAGGCCAGGCAUAUGACGGACCGGUUGUACGCAAUCCUUUAGCCCCCGUUCCCAAGAUCUCCGAUCGCAUAACCAACGGGCGAGGGAGUCUCGCGAUUCGUGACCGCAUACAGUACCUCAAGCAGCACCCGGACGAACUGCGCGAAGAAAUUGGACGCAUUGAUCAAAUCAUCGAGAACGCAUUGCCAUAUGAAUCUCCUUCGACGGCGGGUUCCCGUGAGCGUAUAUUGGAAACCUGGAGCUUGAUCAUCCCGAUCCUUGCCCAGCGCGAAAUCCCGCAGGUAGACCUUUGGAACGUGGACAUAGUGGCAAAAUAUGCAAGAGAAUAUCUCAUUUUCCGGUUGAACUGCACGGACGGCAAAGGUGGCGCCAAGUUCGUCAAAGCGAUGACACUCCGGAACUGGCACAACCACCUGGUGCAUUGUAUUGCAAAGUACACUAUCGAUGCCCAAGCUCGCAAAUGCGGUUCACAGCUCCUCGUUGCAGGAGGGCUCUACGUUGCACUUGAGACCGUAGUUGAUACCCUCAUCAUUGACAACUCGCUCAAUCGCCACAACGAUGAGCGAAAGUACUUUGGACGCGAGGAAUUGCUUCUCUUGCUGGAGGCAGGAAUGGGGGAUGGCAAUGAAGCCUCGUCGUUUGCGCGCUUUCAGCUCAACACGCAGUUGACCAUUGCGUUCACGACUGGAACUCGACCAUCCAGUCUCGCAUUUGCACAUCCAGAUUAUGAGAAGCGCGGACUCUACCCGACGUUGGCAGACAUCGUUUUGGAGCGUCACGAGGGAGGCAUUGCGGUCAAGUUGCAUCUCAAAAACUUCAAGGGUUCAAAUGGCCCGGCUGAUGGCAAAGAGCAGUGGCUGAUGCUGACUCCCGUGGGAGAGUGGUUCAACCUACCAUUUGAGACCGGCUUCUGGUUAGUGGGGGCGCUGGUGUUGCGUGAGGCGCUGGCAGAUCAUGAUAGCAUUGACUCGGUCCUAGACGGAGAAGAGGCCAAGAUCCGGAUAAAACCGGAGUGUCUGAGCGAACCACUAUUUUUGGCCAACGCUCCCGGUGGGCGGGAACGGGAGGGUGAGAAGAAACCGCAGAGCGCACGUGCUCUCUCAGAGGCAAUCACACAACGUUGCCGUUCUGCUGGAUUGGACGGGGGUGGGAUGUAUGUGUUCCGUCGGGCCGCUGCGGACUGGUUUGGGAGGCUUCUCGCUGCAGAUGCUGCAGCUGAGCUCCUGGGUCACAAACCGGAGACACAGCAAAUCUUCCGGAAGCACUAUUCCCGUGGAUCGUUGAAUAUACCUCUGGUUGCGCAGCGCUUGGGCGAGAUGAAAGGCCCAGGUUCCGCAAUGGCCGAGGUGGCCGCUCGGCAGCAAGUGUUUUCCUCUGUGGCAGUCAAGUGUCUUGUUAGGCGCAUGGGGAGAGACGGGCGCAAGGACAAGGGCAGCACCGGGGCAGAGCCUGAGAGCAGUGUAUCCGGAGAGGCUGGUGUGUCUGAAGAGGGCGAGGCGCCCGGUGCUGCUGCCGAAGCAGAAGACCCGGACGAUCCAGAGCUGACGGCAGCAGAGCAAGCAGAGACACUGGCCCACCCAGAAGUUGUUGGGCAUCAGAGAGACCUUGACAUCGCCUGGGAUGGCAUAUACGAGCUCUUGCCGGCCGGCGCGAAGAAACACAAGCCGUGGGUGCAAGCUGAACGACAACGCAUUAAAAUGCUACGCCGCGACUUUGACCGUCUUCCUACAGUCACGGAGGAGGCUUUUGCAGCGGCCGAAGAGGUGAUGCUGAGUUGCCUGGUGGGCUUGCAGAAGAUCCGUGGCGCGCAUCUCAGAAGGGCACGACGCGCCAAGGUGGAAGUGUCACGAAAGGCAGCUCUCAGCGUGAAAUGGGACACGUUGAAGGCACGCCAAACCGCCCAAGCACAAUUGAAUGAGCCCAUGGCUCGGGUGAAAGAGGCGUUGAAGGCGCAGCAGGAAGGGGGACUUGCCGUUCCGAUUGAUCGGAGUCUGCUACGCUUCCCAGACGCCUGGGAGAAUGAGGAGGAAGACACCGCCGAGAAUGAAAAGGCCUCGAAAGAAUUGUCGUUGCACUUGAGGUUGAUCGUGUCGGGAGCAGGCUCUAAUCGGGGUCCUGGCCCGGCGAAGACAACGGUAGAGCCCAAGGGCAAGGGUAAGGAGAGAGAGACUGGCCCAUCGGACACCAUUCCUGGUGGUCUGUUUCACUUUGAGCCAGAGACUGAACAGCCAGCCGGCGAAGAGCCGAUCAACGCCUCCGACGCUGCGGCAAACACACUAGGUAGCGGCGAGGCAGUUGACAUCCAUGCCGUGCGGAAGGAGUUUCUGAAGUCACUAGUGGACCCAGUGGUAGAGUAUAAGCAGAACAAAGCGUUCUUCGAGGAGCACCAUAAAUGUCUCCAAUGUCAACGAUACGUCUCCAACGAGACGAAGCAGAAGAAGGAGUGGACGUCUUUUGGUAGACUCUCGAGGCAUAUCAAAGAGUGUCACAACCCAUGGGCGGAGCUCGAGCUGCUGAUGUACGCGCCGGACGGCCGCAUGCACUGCCCGCUCAAGACAUGUGACUUUGUGUCGACAAAUGUUGCGUCCGUCCGCAAACACUGUCUGAAUGGGUGCGAGAGACGCGAUGCGUUCAAAGCGAUGCAGGAGCAAUAUGCAGGGCAGCAGAUGAAGAGAAACGCCGACUGGGUAGUGUGGAAGGCCAAACAGAAGGAGUUGGAAGAGGCUGCCGCCGUGGAUGAGGAAGGGGCAGCUGGUCCCAGCUACACGGAUGAAGUCGAAGGUCCAAGUGUCACUCUAACGGCGAACAUGAGCCGUGCCGCAUUGCUUGAGGCGGCUCGCUCCUUCUUGCGUGGCAUCAAGACGACGUUUGACCGAGUGAUGCGACUGGAUUGGGAGACACUGUUUGCACAGGGCCAGGAGCUCGGGUACUUUGGCGGAACGGAAUUUGCGGCGUUUGAGAAAGACUUGAAGGGCUUGAAGGACUUGAUCGAGGGACUCUAUCAAGAGGCAGCGAAAUGAUGUUGUCGUAUUAGAGAAUGUCCUGGCAAUGACUGCAGCGCUUGUACGUGAGGUCAAGAGCGAACAAAGGGACGGCGGUUUCGCAUAAGGAGUCCGUAUGGCAAAUGUGGG